AUGAUAUUAUUUUUAUUUUUAUUAUUAUUAUUCAAUAUUCCAAAAGAAAUUUUUGGAAUAUAUUGUAUUUAUUCCGAAGAUUCAUUCGAAUGGUCAUUAGAUGAUUUUAAUGAUGAUAAAUUUCAAGAAAAAAUAAAUGAUUUUCCAGUUUAUGAUUAUAAAGAUGAUAAUGUUGAUAUGUGUAAAGUUGAAAUUUUUAUUGAUUAUAAAUCUCGUUUACUUAUUAUUAGUUUUGGAGAUUCGUUUGAAUGGAAACAACUUGACCACGGAGAAGGACGUCUAGAUCUUUUAAUUAUGUUUAAUGAAAGUAAUACAGACGCAGAAAUUUAUCAUGUUUUAGAAUAUAGUUGUUAUGAUCGAAAUAAAUGUAAUGAAUUAUUUGUUUUCAAUCAUAUUCAUUGGCUUCGACAAGUUAAUUAUACUUCAUUUCAAACAAAUUUAAGAUCAAUACUUUUUAAUAACUCGGAUAAAACAGAAAGUUGUUUUAACGAUAAAGUUCAUUUAUUAAAUUGUUCAAGUAAUGUUUGUUCAGGAAAAUAUUCAACUUAUCAUAAAAAUUAUUUAUUUCAAUGUCAUCAAAAUUCGAAAGCAUCUAUUGAAGUUCAUAUAAUAACUAAUAUGAUUGUUAUUGAAGAAAAUUAUUCGAAUGAUAUUUAUAUUGGUGAAUAUAGAAUUAUCAGUUAUACAUGUAAAUUUAAUCAAUGUAACAAUCAAUUAUUAACUGAUAAAUUAAUUGACAUUGUUGAAAAAGAAUAUCAAUUAUUAUCAAUGAAAAAUAUACUUUUAGAAUCUUAUUCAUUAAAUAAAAUUCAAACAACAUAUUCGAAUAUGUUCGAUUUUACCUAUAAAAUGAAAUCAACAACAGCAAAAAAUAAAUUUUCACCAUCAAAAACAUAUUUUUUUCAUAAUAAUGCAAAAACAAAUUCUUAUUUCUCUCAUUUCAUUCAUUUUAUUGUUUUUAUUUAUUUUAUUUAA